AUGGCUGCUGCGGUCGCUGUUUGCAGUGGUCUAGGGAGGACAAAGUUGACACACUUGGCAACAACUGCUGUCUGCGCUAAAGGUCCCGGGGCUCACGAGGUGCUGUGGAGAAGAGGUUGUUCACAACAUAGACAGGAAACCGGCAAUGAAGACCUGUCUCUUCCGUCCCAGUUUAUUUCUCCACUUACUGGAUGCAUUUAUGGAAGGCACAUAACAGGUCUUUGUGGGAAGAAACAGAAAGAAGUCUCAGAAGCAAUUAAGAGAGCUCAAAUAAUGGGGGUUAUGCCAAUUACAUACAAGGAUCCUGCCUAUUGCAAAGACCCUAAACUUUGUAACAUUAAAUAUUGA